GUACGGGGAGCUGCGUGAAGAAUGGGGAAGCGUUGAAGGAGAAAUGUUCAUUUUUCAAUACUACUGUCAGCUGUGAAGAACGAAAGUUAACUACCACCACAGAGCAUCCCCACCCAACCACUAAGGCGCCUCCAAAACCAUCUUCUAAGGAGCCGAAGAUUCCCACGCUCGGCUCGACCACUGGCUCACCAGAAACCCUCCCACCCGAGUUCUACCCGGCCGGCUUCGACUCUGCCAGCUUCAUUGGAGGGAUCGUCCUGGUGCUCAGCAUCCAAGCAGUUGCCUUCUUUGUUGUGAAGUUCCUCCGCUCGAAGGACAACACUUAUCAGACGCUGAUCUAAAGGCUGAUCUCCAGGGAGGUGUUUUGACGUACAUCGUUUUGGCUGGAAGUUUCAUUUGGAGAAGAGGCCUGUUUGGCCAUGUUUGGAAGCCAAGACAUUCUCUUUCCAGCUGAUGGAACUUCUGAAGGAGAUAAUUCAAACAUCUGCACCUCGGCACCCUGUUCCCAAGCCCAUGGUGCUUGGCUUGGAUAUAUGGCUCCUCUAUGCAGAAGUGGUAAUGUAUACGGUGUAAAUGCAUAUCCACAAGACCAAACUUAGGGCUGCAGGAAAUGUCAUUUGCUGGACUGUGGAUGUAUGUAACUCAGAUUAAGAAUCUCUUCAACCGACUGGACUUUUUUUUCUUUAGAGUCUCUCUCUUCAUUGUAAUUAUUCUUAUCCUAAGCCCACAAAAAGCCUUUUAUCUCUUUCUCGAUAGGACAGAUCAAGUCCUGACUUUCAUUUCUUAUGAAUUUACUUUAACCCUUGAAAUCUUUUUUUCUCUGAUCUUUUUUUUUAAAUUUCUUUCCUGAAAAAGAAGUGUUGUAAGCAGCACUACAACAGAACAGGGGUGGAAUUCAGCAGGUUCUGACCAGUUCUGGAGAACCGGUAGCAGACAUUUUGAGUAGUUCAGAGAAUUGGU